AUGAGUUUGCUGAAAGUCCGCAUCAGGAGGCUCUUUGUGAGUGACACUUUCUCAUUUGUACCUUCACAGAUCUCCAUAGGUUUGGACAAUCUGACUCUUUCUGACUUCAGUCCUGGAAGUUCUGCUCUCAGUACUCCAUUGUGCAUCCAACCCACAGGCCCGAUACCCACCACCUCCAGUGAAUGGCUGAAAACCCACGGCCUGAAAGCUCAAAAGCUGGAUCUGUAUCAGCUGCUGGCUCGUAACGCCUAUUCUCCACAAGAGACGUUUGUGCCAGUCUUGGGAAAGACUGUUUCCUCUACAGUUCAUGAGCGGGUCAUGGUACGGUUUGAGUGGCAUGAUGGGACAGUGAAGUAUUUGCAUGUCGAUCUUCCAUCGGUGCAAAAGUACCAGGUACAUUUUAUAAAUGCUGUGCAUCUGUUUGAAAGGAGAGUUCAGUGGCUGAACAGGAUAUGGGGAACCGUGUGUGAGCAGAGGGUGCAGGUUCUUCUGGACAUGUCUGGGAUGAACGCCCACUACCAGCUCCAUCUCCAGCACGCCCUGCGAAUACUACUGCAGGAGCAGCUGGCCAACAAACACAGCUUCAAUAUCAUCGUUUUUGGAUCAGAUGUCAAGUCAUGGCAGGAGAAGGUGGUUCCCUCCACCCAUGAAAACCUUCAAGCUGUUUGGCAUCCUCCAUACAAAACCAUGUUGAACCCUUCAAAUACAAGCAUGCCAGCCACUGCUGCCCUCUGCUGCUCAAAUAUAAAAGAUGCAGUUUCUGUUUAUGUCACUGUUUAUGUAUCUGAGCGCUGCAGUGCAACAAACCUGAAUCUCCACGUGUGCCUGUUCACCGGAGAGGAGGACACUGCCCGCUGCCCUCCGCCCCGUUACACCACCCGGACAGAAACCACCCGAAACGGACGCUUCCUUUGGAUGACUGAGACUGAAUUAGUCUUUUUUAUAGUCCAAUCAGCUGAUAUCGGCACACCGACAAGGCUGUCAAGGUCUGCAGAUCAGAGGAAAACCAACGUGCCACGGUCUGUCUUCUUCAUGGAAGACGGCAACUUGGGUGUUGUCUUCAAUAAAUAUCCAAAACCAAAGAGUGUGUGUACGUCUAUCACCACUAUUAAACUACCAAAACAUGAAGACAUCUGUUCAGCUAAACAGUGGCUAAAAAGGUUUGGUACCAAGAAUCUGAAGUUGGACCUUCACAAGCUGAUAUCUGGACCAUCAGAUCUGGAAUGCUGCCAUCACAACAAACUGGUGCUGUCCGUCCAUAAGAGAGUGUCUGCGAAAUACUGCGCCAUAUUCCCUAGUGUCCUGAUUAAUGCUCCUGAAAACACAAAUCCAGCUCUUAUCAGAAAACUCCUGUCAGCGGACGAUCUUAGGAAACUAUCAGAAGAGAUUGAAAAGCUGAGAAUGUUCCAGAAACAAGCUAAAGCUUUCAGGGAAACUAUUUUGGAGUCGAGGAACCAGGAGGGAAUGUAG